CCAUACCAAACGCCAUUUUAUUUUAUUACUCAGAGAUGACAAAAGGACCCUCUCAGCAGCAGAAGAAACUGCCCGGAAUUACAUCUAUGAAUAUAUAUAUUUUUUUUUAAAAACGCAUAAAAUAAAACUAAUGACCACAUUGCAGAAAAAGACAAAAAAAAGAAGAUAAAGAACACAAAAAAUACAAAACAGAAAAGAGUCCACUUGCCACACUCCAACUGCUUCCACGAAGCAGGGUGACUACGAAACAUCUCUCGCUACUUCCCAACCCUUUUGUGUGUAUAUAUAUCACACAACACACAUCUCUUCAUCUCCCACACUUGAACAGCUUCCUUGAUCCAAUCUCUCUUCCUCCUCAAAAAAGAUCAAGAAUCAGAAUCUUGAUCUUCUCUCCAAGCUUCAGACAGACCAAAACACACUCCGAGUCCAGUCCGAUUUGGAUUCCGACAUGGCGAAUGGCCGAGAACAAUCAGCCCUGGAGCUCAUAAGACAACACCUCUUGUCAGAUUUUUCCUCCGCCGAGACCUUCUUCGCCAGCCUCCACCACCUCACCUCCGCCGUCAUACCGGAACCAUCUUCCACGUUAGUGCCGCCUGUCUUGAGCAUGUCAGUUACUACUACGGCAAGUACUUCACCGAUGCCUAGUGAUGAUGAUGAUGAUAACAACAUUGUGAUGAUGAGCAAUCACCAACAUGAUCGUCAUGAGGAGAGGCAUUACAGAGGCGUGAGGCGUCGUCCAUGGGGGAAAUACGCGGCAGAGAUUAGGGAUCCAAACAAGAAAGGAGCCCGAGUCUGGUUAGGGACUUUCGACACUGCCAUUGAAGCUGCAAGAGCUUACGACAGAGCUGCUUUUAGGUUACGUGGGAGCAAAGCAAUCCUCAACUUCCCUCUUGAAGCAGGCAAGCAUUGGAAUGCAGACAACAACGAUGGAAGUGAUCACUGUAUUGUAAGGAAGAGGAAGAGAGAAGUACGCAAAGAAGAGAACUUGGAGAGCAACGAUACCUCGGCCCGCAAGGCAGUGAAGACAGACGCAGAUGAAGUUCAAGUUUGUCCAUUAACGCCGUCAAGAUGGAUGGAGUUUUGGGACGGAGGAGAUGACAAAGGGAUGGGAUUCUUGACGGUGCCUCCGUUAUCUCCUCAUCCAUCUCGUGGGUACUCCCAAAUUGUGGUUACCUGAGCUUCACAAGGGAAGACGAUAAACAAUGGGAAUACAUCAAAACAAAAAGGAGAUAUAGAAAAGAAAUAAUGAUAAGAGUCACUAUCACAACACAAGUUGGUGGCUUCUUUUUUUUUGUAGCUGUUCAUAAGCUUAUAGAUUAGCCUAUUGUACAUUAAUUGUAUCCGUUUAAUUCGUCUUAAUGAAUGAGAUCUUGAAUCUUCCA